AUGAAGAGCAUCCCUCUCACAUUAAGGGAAUAUUUCAAGCAUGGUAUUGUGCUUUAUGAUGGGGAGUUUGUGUUUGAUGACUCUGAAGCAAUUGUCAACAACAAGGACUUGAGACCAACAACGCCUCUUGGCAACCUUUGGAGGAAUGACUUUUGGGGGAGUAACCUUAGCAGCAACUCAAGUCACAAAUCCUACAGACCUUUCACUGUCCUAACUUUUAGGCUGAACUACCUCUUGGUGGGAGGUCUGCACCCUGUCGGCUUCCAUGUGUUGAAUAUCCUCCUUCAUGCAAUUAUAUCCGCCCUCAUGAUUGACAUGUUUGCUAUUCUGAUGGGUGGAUUGUCCUAUGAUGAAAAGAGAAGUAUCCAGAACCUUGCUCCUAAGACCUCUCUGUUGGCUGCACUCUUCUUCGCUGCUCAUCCGGUGCACACAGAAAGUGUUGCUGGGAUAGUGGGCAGAGCGGACCUGCUAUGUGCCCUGUUCUUCCAGCUGUCCUUUCUGUCCUACUGCAGAGCCUUCAACAAAGGAAGUGACAGAGAUGACAGGUUUUCUGUCCAGUGGGUUGUGGCCAGCCUCUUGCUGUGUGCUGCAGCAAUGCUUUGUAAAGAACAAGGCAUCACAGUUUUGGGGGUGAAUGCAGCCUUUGAUGUCCUGUUGAUAUGUAAUGUUGAUGUGUAUGAACUCAGCCAGAGGCUCCUCCUUAGGAAGACGACUUUCAGUGUAAGUCCUCUUUUUCAAAAUGGACUCCCAAAACGAUUGGCACUUAUGGUUCUUGGAGGCAUUUCUAUGCUCUAUGCCCGCUGGAAGAUCAUGGGAACUGGCCCCCCUGCUUUCACAGAAGUGGACAACCCGGCCUCAUUUGCUGAAAACAUCUUCUUUAGAAUUGUGAACUAUAAUUAUUACUAUUGUCUCAAUGCAUGGCUUUUGAUAUGUCCUUGGUGGCUCUGCUUUGAUUGGUCGAUGGGCUGUGUGCCUCUUAUAACAUCCGCUGCUGAUUGGAGGAUGGUUUGGCUCAUGCUCCUCUGGUGCUUUCUGAUUGGCUUGAUAAAUCAAGCCUUGUGCGCCCAGGACUUGCAGAAAAGAAGGUCUCUAACUUUAGCCCUGGUGUUACUGGUGGUGCCUUUCCUUCCGGCCUCCAACAUGUUCUUCAGAGUGGGCUUUGUCAUUGCAGAAAGAGUGCUGUACCUUUCAUCAGCUGGAUAUUGUUUACUUGUUGCCUACUCUGUGGGACAAUGCUGUAGCCGCUUCCCCAAAUAUAGGAAGCUGUUGUGUGUUUCCAUGAUGGCACUGCUGUGUGUGUAUGUGGUUCGCUGUGCUCUCCGCAGUCACCAGUGGCAUUCAGAGAAAACCCUUUUCACCAGCGCCCUGUCUGUCUGCCCCCUCAAUGCAAAGGUCCAUUACAAUGUAGGUAAAAACUUAGCUGACAGAGGAAACACUACAGCUGCUAUUGUGUAUUACAGAGAGGCUGUGAGAUUGCAUCCUACUUACGUCCAUGCCAUGAACAACUUGGGGAACAUACUUAAAGAGAGGAAUGAGCUCGUAGAAGCCGAGGAUCUACUCUCUAAAGCAGUUUCUAUCCAAUCUGAUUUUGCUGCUGCGUGGAUGAAUCUCGGUAUUGUUCAGAACAGUCUGCAGAAGUUUGGGGCGGCAGAGCGCAGUUACUGGAAUGCAAUCCGAUUCCGUAAAAAGUAUCCAGACUGCUAUUACAAUCUGGGACGCUUGUAUGCCGACCAACAGAGACAUGUGGAAGCCCUGAACGCCUGGAGGAACGCCACAAUGCUAAAGCCUGACCACAGCCUGGCUUGGAACAACAUGGUCAUUUUGUUGGACAACACAGGUAACUUGGGUCAGGCGGAGGCGAUCGGCAGAGAGGCUUUAAGAAUCGUCCCCAAUGACCACACCAUAAUGUUUUCGCUGGCAAAUGUCCUCGGAAAAUUACAAAAAUACAAGGAGUCGGAAGGCUUUUUUCUCAGCGCUCUUAAGAUCAAUCCCAAUGCUGCCAGUUGCCAUGGCAAUUUAGCCGUGUUGUAUCACCGCUGGGGGAAGCUGGAGCUGGCACAGAAACACUACGAGAUGUCGCUGAAGUUGGACCCUGAUGCUCCCGGGACACGAGACAACUACAACAUGCUGCGGCGCAAACUGGACCAGAUCAAGAGAGUGGACUGUCCCGCUGCUGCUGACGUGAGGUUGAUCUGA